AUGGUGGCCAACACCUUUUACCAGCAUAAAACAGUACAUCAAAUGACAUGGAAGCAUCCAGGAAACAAAAAAUGGCACAUGUUGGAUUAUACACUUGUUAAUAAGAAAUUUCAUGCAAGUGUAGAAGAUGUCAGAGUGUAUAGAAAUGCAGCUGGUGCUAUUGGUACCGAUCAUCAUCUUGUAAGAACAAAGUUACGGCUUCACCUAAGAUGUAGGAAGAAAGCUGAAAAACCACAGUGUUUACGAUUGGACAUGAAUAAAAUAAAAGAUGAUGAUUUACAGAAGAAAUUUCAAGAACAACUCUUGAACAAAUUGGAAGGUAUUGGUGCACAAAAGAAGACAGUAAAUGAAAAAUAUGAUGAAUUUACUGAUUACGUGAAUAAUGUAGGUGGUAGAAUAUUUAAGCAAGAACAAAAUACACCAAGAAGAGCAAAAGAAUGGUUGACAGAUGAAAUUCUGAAUCUUGUAAAUGAAAAAGCAGCUGCCUUUGUCGAAUGGCAAAACCAUCGACAAACAAGGAUGGAACGAAAAUAUCGAAUUAAAUACUGUCUACUAAGAAAAUUAGUAAACAGAAAAAUACAUGCUCGAAGACUCGAGUAUUGGGAUGAAGUGAGUGAAGAAAUAGAAAAGGCGAUUAAGCAACAUGAUCCAAGCACAGCUUACAGAGUGAUAAGACAACUGAAAGGUGGAAGACUCAAUGCAGACAAUAUGCCAAUACAAAACAAACAAGGUGAUCUUCUUUCAAACUCAAACGAUGUAAUGUUGCGGUGGCGAGAAUACUUCUGUGACUUAUUAAAUGUUCACUCCGUUAUUGAUCCACACAUUUUUCAACAAAUCUUGGUACCUAUUAUUUCAACAACAGAACAAAUGCGACAAGACAAGCCACCAUCUUUGUCUGAAGUUCAUGAUGCUAUCAAGCAAAUGAAGAACAGGAAAGCCCCCGGCGUCGACAAUAUAUCAGUAGACCUGCUCAAGGCUGGUGGCAUACCCAUGGCCAAAUGGUUACAUGAAAUAUUAUGUGAUGUUUGGAACGAUGAAGAAGUUGUAGAAGAUUGGACAACCGCCAUUCUAAUUCGGUUGUACAAAAAUAAGGGAGAUCGUACAGUGUGUGGUAGCUAUAGAGGUAUAUCUCUGUUGGUAGUAACUGGCAAAAUCUUCUCACGCAUAAUACUAAAUCGGAUACAAAACGUAAUCAACAAACAAUUGCUGGAACAACAAGCUGGUUUUCGUCGUAACAAAUCUACAAUUGAUCCGAUCUUUACACUCAAAUUAAUAAUGGAAAAAUCUCAAGAAUAUAACAAAUCACUGUUCAUGUGCUUCAUUGAUAUACAAAAGGCGUAUGAUUCUGUUGACAGAAAGUUGUUAUGGAAAGUAUGCAGGUGUUACAGUAUAUCUGAUAAAUUGAUUCGGCUGCUAAAACUGCUUCACAGUAAAACAAAAGCUCGGGUGCGUAUAAAUGGCGAACUAUCAGAACCUUUCGAAAUGGGAACCGGGGUGUUGCAAGGAGGGAUUAUAUCACCGAUGUUGUUCAAUAUAUUUUUCGACUACGUAAUAAGAAGGGUAAUUGAAGAAGCUGGAGUAAAUGGCGUAAAGUUGGCUUUCGGCAGUAGAGAUUUUUUCCACACAGAUAAAGACCAAUUUGAAGAUCUUGAUGUUGUGGCUUUGAUGUAUGCCGAUGAUCUGGUAGCAAUAAGCGAUAAUGCAACUGAUAUCGAACGCUUCAUUAGAACGUUUGAGAAAGCCACUCAACAAUGUGGAUUAACAAUGAACGUCAAAGAAACUUGCAUGAUGUCCCUCAAACAAUUUAAAGAAGAUGCUCAAAGAAGAGUCAUCAAAGGGCAGGAAAUUGAUGUACCCAAGUUCGAUAUAACAUUUCGAAAUGAAAACAUUGAACUGGUUGAGCAUUUUCUUUAUCUGGGAUGCAUAGUCUCGAGAGAUCAGUCAAUGGAAAAAGAAAUAGAAACAAGGUUGGGAAAGGCAUCCAGUGCUUUCAAUAUGCUUCGUAACACCAUCUGGUAUCGAAAAUCCAUAUCAUUUGAAGCCAAAUUCCGGAUUUUUCGUGCAUGUGUAUUGCCUGUCUUGCUGUAUGGUAGCGAAAUUUGGUCGAUGACUGUGACACAAGAAAGAAGGAUAAACACUUUCUAUAUGAAAUGUUUACGGACAAUCAUUGGUGUGAACUUGGGUGAUCGAAUAGCAAACAACACAUUGUUGGAAAUCACCGGACAACCACAUAUUGAAAACAUAAUGAGACGAAAUCAAUUGAGAUGGUUUGGACAUGCCAACAGGUUAAAUAAAGAAGAUAAUGAACCAUCCUUAGUGAGAAAAAUUAUGUUUUCCUACUAUCCCAAUGUAAAGCGACCAAGAAAUGGUGGCAUAAAAAGGAGAUGGGAGGACAAGAUCGCUGAUGAUCUUAACAAAUGCCAAAUUCACAACUGGAGAAAGGACACUCUAGUUAGGGAGAAAUGGAGAGAAAUGAUCAACAAACCGGUGCAAACUAAACCAAUACACAGUAACAUCAAAAACAUCGUGCAAGAAUACAAGAAUGUGGCUGUAAAAAGAAGAAUCGGCAUACAACAAAUCAAGGUUACAGAAGCACUUAAACGGAACCAGAACAACACGUAUACAUGUCCAAAAUGUACCAGAUUCUUCAAACCUCAAGGAAUCACUAAUCACGUACGAGCAUGCGCAAAAGAUUGGUGUAUACAAAACAAAAUUCACAUGUAGCAGCGUAACGACAAGGCCUCGAAAACGGUGGGUGCAAAUACUUCGUGCAAUAUGAUGGGUGAAAUCGAAACCUCUCCCUU